UAAUUUGUUCACUAAGUAAUCUCGAUCGAUCUUCUAAGGAAGAUGGUUCUUCUUCGAUCUAUACGAGCUAAAAGCAACAUUGCCUAGCUUCAGCUAGCCACUUUUGCAGGCCGGGCAAUGGGAAGUGGCUGCAAUGAAAGUAAGCACCACUAUGACAUUACCAUGUCAAAGAGAACCAGAAAGCCAUCAAAAGGCCAAGAUGCUGACCAGAAUUCCACUACAGUUUCCCCAGGGAAUGAUGGCCCUGUCAAAGCUGUUGUGCAUGAAGGAGACGGGAGUUCUCCCUCAAGAGUUGGUGAUGAAGCAGAAGAGAAUGAUCGUAAAAAAAGCUUGAAGCAGCUUAUCAAGAGCAGGAGCUCCCUUGGCCAACACUUCACUGAAGAAGAAAAGCAACUUCAACUGGUCACAAAGCAGCAACAAGAGGGUGUUCAAGGACUGAAGCUUAAGAGAAUGGUGAGUCGUUAUGCCAAAGUUUUAAGCCAUCUGAUCAAGGUUAAGGGAGACUCCCGGAAAAAACCUCUUCUCCUACUGAAAAUGUAGGAUUGCAUUCAACAGCCAAGUGGCUGAUCAUCUUUUGAUUGAUUGUGUCAGCCUCUCCUUUUUCCCAUAUUUUACUGCAAGUCCUUGAUUAUUUUAUUUGUAGCAUAUAUAUAUGCUUUUAUUUUAUAUGAGGUGUUGUUAUCGUUAUACGUACAUCCAUUAUAGCAAUCAAUUACUAGUAAUUCAUGAGUUUCUUCUUUUC